AUGUCUACGGAUCCUUUGAAAUUACGGUUUACAACAGCACAUCCAACGUCCGGUUCAUACAAAAGUGUAAUUAAGAGGGUGACCAACCAAACACUGUCAGAGAUGCUUCAGACAACCUAUCUGCCUAACUCAGCGAAUCUUUUGUAUUAUGAGAUGCUUGAUAUUAGUAUUGUGGAAUUAGAAACUAAGAAGUUCUUUAAAGUAUACUGGCUUGGGACAACUGUUAAGGAAGAGGAUGGAAUCGAUAUUCGUCUUCCAAAGACUGCCGUAGUUAAUGAAGUUUUGGAAGUAAUUUUACAAAAACUAUCAUUACAAGGACCUACCAACAGAAUUAGAUUAUAUGAUGUUUUACAUAACAAGAUCCAAAAAGAAUAUGAUAUCAAUGAUCCAAUAGAUAAAAUACAGGAACAAAUGACGACGUUAUAUGCAGAGGAAAUACCACAGGAAGAAAACGAUCGAAGUGAUAAUGAUAAAGUUGUUCAAGGUGAAACAUUCUCUGCGACGAAGUUGCGCCUUCAAUCACGCUUAGGAAUGAACGAAAAAGAUUUCUCGAAGGUGAAAGUUGCAAUUGUGCAAGCUGUAUCGUAUGCCAAACCUCAAUAUAUAGACGAUGAUAAUGACUAUCUAGGCCUUGACCAUGUUGACAAAACAGGACGUGCGGGAAGAGUAGGGGGUGAAAAAGCGAUCUAUAUUAGGGGAUAA